CAACACACACAAACACACAUUUGAUACACACACGCACAGAGAAGGUAGCCACUAACCAUGGCAGCUAUUUCCUUGACAAAAAACGCUAUCUUCAACCUCUCAAUGGCUUUCCCUAGCUUCCCUUCACCCUCUCCAAGAUCUUCCCGCAAGGUCUCAAGGGUCUGCUUCUCCUACGCCUCAAGCUAUUCCGAGGACCGAAAUAACUGUGAAGGAUCGAGAGAGGUGCCGGUGACCGAACCAGGGGACGAAGAUGUCACCUAUGAAGCAAAAGAGGCCGUGGAGAGGACCAAAGAGCGUGCACAGGAAAUGAAAGAGAAAGCAAUGGAGAAGACCAAGGAAGGAACAUACAAAGCUGCAGAGAGUGCAAAAGAGAGAGUGAAAGACAACGCCCAAGAAACAAAGGAGAAGAGAGAGGAUGUAGCGGGGUCAGUGGCUGAUAAAGCUAAAGAGGGGACGUAUAAGGCGACGGAGACAAUGCAGAAUAUUGGGGAGAAAGCGAAGCAGACGGUGAAGGGAGCUUGGGACGCGGCGAGAGAGACUGCGCAGAAGAUCAAGGAGACUGUGGUUGGGAAGGAGGAUGAUGAUGAUGAAGGUGGUGGCGGGGGAAGAAAGACAAUGGAUGAGGAUGUUGUGGAGUUAAGGAGACGUGCUGGAAAUCUUAAUAAAAAAUAG